AGAGUGGUCUCCCCCUAGACGACUGAAGACAGAUGAAAUCCCUGGUGUAGUCAAUGAUUUUAGGUUGGCUGCUCGUAACGCUAUUGAAGCAGGUUAGUACCCUGAUUUGUUUCAUCUAGUGCAUGCAGCUGGAAUUUUUCAAGAAUGGCCUAAUAAUAUUGGCAAGUAACAAAAGGGAGCCUUUUAACUCGUAUUUUGCCUUCUCUAUUGCACGAUUUGAUGGCGUUGAGAUUCAUGGUGCAUAUGGUUACUUAAUUGAGCAGUUUAUGAAAGAUGAAGUAAAUGAUAGAAUAGAUGAGUACGGUGGGAGCUUGGAAAACCGGUGUCGAUUUGCACUUGAAGUAGUAGAGGCAGUGGUCAGCGAGAUUGGAGCUUACAGAGUCGGGAUAAGAUUGUCUCCAUAUUCUGAUUUGAUGGAGGCAAGCCACUCAAAUCCUAAUGCUUUAGCACUUUACAUGGCUAAUGCACUUAAUAAGUUCAACAUUCUCUAUCUCCACGCGAUCGAACCGAGGGUGAUGCCCGAGACCGAGGAUGAAAGCCCCCAUAGACUCCUUCCAAUGAGGAAUGCUUUCAAGAAUACUUUUAUUGCUGCUAGUGGCUAUAACAGAAUUAAUGGCAACAAAGCUAUUGCAGAAAAUUAUGCGGAUUUGAUUGCAUUUGGACGCCAUUUCUUGGCUAAUCCUGAUUUACCAAGGCGAUUUGAGUUGGAUGCCCCUCUUAAUAAGUACAAUAGGAGCACUUUCUACGUUUCGGAUCCCAUCAUUGGUUACACAGAUUAUCCAUUCCUGGAAGAUGCUUAGGGCAUGGUUAACAGAUAUGAUCCUUUUCCGUCUAGCAAUUUAUUGUUUGCUUUGGAUAUUUGAACGGUCUCUCCUUAUUUAUCUUGCAUUACUGUUUUUAUUAAAUAAUAAGAGCAAUUAUGGAAGGGGGGAAAUCACUAUUUGCCUAUUCUUAAAGGAGUAUUCUUUGCCCAACAGGUGAUAAAUAGUCCAUGUAAGUACUCUCACCUGUCAAAUUUUGUGACCAUUUGUAUUAUGUGUGGAAUGUUGCAUUCCAUAUUAUUUAUGAAGGACGUGACUGAUGUAUAUUUUUUUAAUAACAUAUUUUAUGUAAAAUGAUAUUUUUGAA